GAUGUCCAACUGGCCAUGCAGCCAUCGUCUUCACCCGAACGCCCCCGCGCUUUUUCACAGAUCUCCGGUAGACGUGCUAUACGCCCCAUUACCGAAUAUACACCAUCCAAGUUUCAGAGCAAUCCACAAUUCCGUGAAUCAUACAGGCGCAUCAACACCGAAUUGGAUGCCACCAAUACCAGUUUGAAUGUCACCGUGGGUUCGGAAAUUCCCAAUAACUCCUCGUUUUCAUUCUUUGGCGGACGUGGUCGUAAACGUGAACGCACUCCUCCCCAUCACCACUCACAGUCGGCCAUUGGAGAAUUACCAACCGAUAUGGAAAUAUCACCACCAAAACGGGCCCGACUUGAUUUCUUCAGCGUUGUUUCAUCGCCCCUAUCUUUGCUGCGUAAUCGUUUCUCAAAGGCAACCCUGCAAAGCAGCACACCCGUCAAAUUGCAACAGAAAUUGGAGGAAAAUGAAGACGAUGUAGAGGUGCAAAAUGUUUCUGGUGUAUCGGUACAUGAAGAUAUCGAAGAAAAACAAACCGAAGAAGUAAAGGAAACCUCAGCUGCCGACACAACCCUGGGCGUUGAAGCAAUUGCGGACGGCGAUGUUGAUGAUAAGACCACUGCCGCCCCCACAGAAGGUGAAUUGGAAAUUGGCGAUAAUGGCACCAAGGAAUUGCCCCAGAAAAUAUCCGCCGAAGAUACCGAAGGAGACAUUAAAAUCACAGUUACCGAUAAUGUGGCUAAAAAUAAGAGAUGUAUUGUUAUGUAA